UGAUGCAAUGUUUUUAUUAUGCACCUGUGUGUGUGCGCGCGCGCAAGAGUGUCACUCACACACGCGCGCACACACACAGACACCUGGUUGGAGUCACUCGCUCGAGCUUCUGGGUGGAGCAGCGGCGGCGCGUGCUGCGGACACACAGACUCGGUGAGUGGUUAACGGCGCACGGCUGUGUUCGGCUGCAGAUGCAGGUGGAGGAGUGUGAGCGCAGGGCGGGCGGAAAUGGUGCACGGGCGGCGGUGAGGAGCUAGAGGACAGACGGGAGACGCAGACCGGAGCCAUGGAGGACUCGGAGCCCCCAGAGGACGGCAUGCUCGCGGGUUUGCGUUGGAACCGCAGCGCUCGGGACCAAGCUCAGCUCAAACAUAAAAUCCGGGAUCUGCCGGGGCUACUGAAGCACGGGCUGCACCUGCGAAAGAAGAGCCAAUCACCUGACACUAUUCCUGGGCCCAGCACUGGACCUAUAGUCCACAAGUCUUGCUCUCAGAGUUUUCCAUGCGCAGGCCGGGCUGUGAGGAAUGCCUUCCUCUCCCAUGGACCAUAUCCAGCUAAAGACAAGAUACACCUGGCCAGAAUCAUAAGGCGCAGCUACGUGGGUGUUGAGCUGGUGCAGUGGCUGUGCGAACAGUGUGUGUACGUGCGCUGUCGGACCACCGCUGUGCGUGUCUGGCAGGUGCUGCUGGAACUGGGAGUCCUACUGUCUGUGGACCAGCGGGUGGUGUUCUCUGACUCCAACAGCUACUACCAGUUCAGCUUUGAGGAGUGCGACUCGCCCUCCUGUGAGUUCCGCUGUAAUGAAGCCGAGUGGCCAGAGGCCGUCAGGCUCCUCCUACAACUCGCGCCAUACGUCCAGUUUCGCCUCGGAGAUGGGGCCAACAGCCCGUCAGAGGAGGACUCUGAAGGUAACAGGGACAUCUGCAGCGAGAUUCUACAGAUGAGAGCUCUGGAGAGGCUCACCUCUACGGUUCAAAGUGAGCUGGCAGCCGCCCUCGCACGGAAGACCCGCAAAGCCCUGUCAGAGCAGGACUCUGAGACAGCGGACACAAGCCACCAGGAGCCUCGCACGCCCAGUGAGGAGAGCAGCCCGCUCGGAGGAGUUUGUGCGCUCAGGGCCGGCGGCGGCAGUGGCGGAGGAGGAUUAGCGCACGAGGAGCUGACCAGUCGGCUGGGGCUGGAGGCAGUACAGCGUCUGGCCAAAGACGGCUGUCGGCUGCUGCAGAACCACAACUAUCGGCUACAAGACAGAAACCAAGCUGAGUCAGUGGGCAGAGUUUGUCUGAAGGAGAGAGGUCGGGACGUGUUGGUGCUGCAAAGAGUGACAACGGCAGUGACGUCGCCGUCCGAACGGCCCUCACCUACAUCAUUGGGGGGCGGGUCCAGAGAGGAGGAUUGCGACAAGAGGUAUGUGGUGGUGUCUGGAACGCCACUCAAAAUCCUGGAGCACCUCCUGAGCGACCUGCGCUUGGACGACCACCGGGGCGUGCCAGAGAGCAGGGAGAGCGAAAUGCUGCUGGAUGACUUCCUGUUGACCUACCUGGUCUUCAUGACCACCAGUGACCUCUGUCAGGCUCUGUUAGGACACUAUAGCAGUGCUCGCUGCCGGGGCCAGGAGGAGGGAAAGGACGCUCUGUUCAGGAAACGCAAAGUGUUGCAUCUUGUGUCCCACUGGAGCAGGCUCUACAAGGACUUCCUCAAGGAAGAGGAGCACGUCCGGAGCUUUAUGAAGACCCUUUACAGGUGUGUUUUAGAGGACCUGUACGAGUUCCCCAUACUGGAGAAAGAUCUGAAGGAGUUCCAGAAACUUCUGCGUCGGCGACACACUGUGGAUGACUGUCCACCAAACCAAAAGAGUAAACAAAUGUACCAGCAGCUAAGUUUGAAGGAAAACUCUUUGCACGUUCGAAGCCCACAGGCCGACAAAAGAGACGUGAUCUGCUGCGUGUACGUGAGCGCGGACUCCUACUUUAGUGUCCACAUACGCCCUUCGAUGGAGGCGCAUGAAUUGUUAAGGAUUGUGUCCCUGAAGAUGGACAAAGCAGAGGAGGACAUGGUCCUGGCUGUCGUUUCACAUUCUGGAGAGCGGAGAGUGUUACAGCCCAGUGACUGUGUGUAUUCAGAGUCUCUGACUCCACAGGGAAGACUCGUGGCGUGUCGCAGGGACCUCCAUGAGAUCCUGCCUCCUUUAACAGACAGUGCUGAGCUCAGCAGGCGGCCAGUGAGGCUGCUGGGCAUCAACACCUGGGACGUGGCCGCUGCCUUAACGCACCUGGACUGGAAUCUCUUCAAAUCCAUUCACGAGCAGGAGCUGGUGUACUACACCCUCAGCCGUGCCCCUGGUACGGGCCACACGCCCGCGCUCUCCGUCCUACUGCAACGGUGUAACGAAGUCCAGCAGUGGGUCAUGUCCGAGGUGCUCAUGUGUGUGUCUCUGAACAAGCGAGUGCAGCUGUUGAAGAAGUUCAUCAAGAUCGCUGCACACUGUAAGGCUCAAAGAAACCUAAACUCUGCAUUUGCCAUCAUCAUGGGUCUCAACACAGCAGCUGUGAGCAGACUAAACCAAACCUGGGAGAAAUGUCCGGGGAAGUUCAAGAAGCUUUUCUCAGAACUGGAGCUCAUCACGGACCCGUCUCUGAACCACAAAGCCUACAGAGAAGCCUUCAAGAGGAUGAAACCUCCAAAGAUCCCCUUCAUGCCUCUUCUUCUGAAAGAUAUCACCUUUAUCCACGAGGGAAACAAGACCUUCCAUGACAACCUGGUCAACUUUGAAAAGCUGCACAUGAUCGCAGACACGGUGAGAAUGAUUCGCCACUGCCAGAGUGACCAACCAGGUAAUGAGGUAAUCGGGGUCGACAGUGCAGAGGUGAGGGCCAGUGUAAACUACCUGCACAUUAUCGACAAUCAGCAGACUCUCUUUGAGCUGUCUCACAAACUGGAACCACGGGCUUGAACCUUAACACAGACACACUAAAUGAAAAGGGGGGGGGGGGGGGGAGGGGCAGAAACUGUACCUUGUUGUGACACGGAAUAGCCCCUCGGCAGGUUAUCGUUGCGCAAACAUGCACUACAAAACACUUUCACUGGUGCCAGGUGGAUGUGAAAGGUGCCAUAUGUUCUGACCAGACUCACACAGAGCCACACGGACCACUUACAGCGGGGAGUGUGUGCUGUUCAAGGAUUUAGGAACAAGUCAAACCGCUGUGGGGCAUCACGGAGAUCCACACGGCAAAGGAAGUUGUGGUUAAUUUGUACAGUAUCUAUUGGACUGAAUUUGUCCUUAGCUGUGUUCCUGUUUUGACUCUUUAUUAAUUUAUGUGCCUCUAGAAUGUUCUUUUUUAAUGUCCUUGGUCACUUUUUGCAAACAUGUUAAACUUUUGUUGCA